AUGUCAAGUCGGGUCCCUUCAAUAGCGUGCAUCGGGGUCAUCGGGCGACACAACAACCCUCUUCACAUCUCGCUGUUUCCAGCCGAGGAGCGGGCACCUUUGGAGUACCAGUUCCUCCUCUCAUCAUGUCUGGACAUCUUUGAGGCUCGCCUACCCCACAAGACCGUGGACCAAGACUUUGGACUUCUCCAGGCCGUCGACGAGCGGCUGGCCAUGUAUGGCUGGUUGACUAACACUGGCGUGAAGUUCGUCGUUGUGGUCGACAUGGAGGGACGACCAGCAAAUCCUCUGGAUGCCAAAUCAUCGGCAGCAGUCGGGCUUCGAGAUGCAGACCUUAAGCCAGCUUUUAGGGCGUUGCAGACAGCAUACAUCAUGCUCUUGCGCAACCCGUUUUACAACCCCGAUGAGCAUUCACCGAUCACAGCAAACGGCGAACAAAGAUAUGGCUCGACUCAAAUCACCAGCAAGAAGUUCAUUCAGGAGAUCAAGCGGAUAGGUGACGCAUGGGCCCCAGGAGUCAACGUUAUAUGA